GGGCUCAAAGGCCCCACGUGUUCCGACCCGCUGGGCCCCGCGCGGCUCGGAUCCUGCUCGCUGUUUCGGCCGGGAGUGGGUGGGAAAGCAGCCCGGCAGGGGAGGAGCCGCCGCAGCCGCGGGAGACGUCCCUUUGGAAGAACCCCUUGAGCUGCCCAGGCUGAAACAUGUUGCUAGUGUGAGUGCUAAAUGGUCUGAUACCACCCAAGAGCCAGGAAAUGGCGACAGCCUUAGAGCCAGAGGACCAGGAUCUUUGGGAAGAAGAAGGAAUUCUGAUGGUGAAGUUGGAAGAUGAUCUCACCUGUAGACCAGAGUCUGCCUUGCAGAGGGAUGAUGCUGUACUGGAGACCUCUCACCAGAACUUCCGACGCUUUCGCUAUCAGGAAGCAGCAAGCCCUCGAGAGGCACUCAUCCGACUGAGGGAACUUUGCCAUCAGUGGCUGAGGCCAGAGAGGCGCACAAAGGAGCAGAUCCUAGAGCUGCUCGUGCUAGAACAGUUCCUCACCGUCCUGCCUGGAGAACUGCAGAGUUGGGUGCGCGGCCAACGGCCAGAAAGUGGUGAAGAGGCAGUGACACUGGUGGAGGGUUUGCAAAAACAGCCCAGGAGACCAAGGCGGUGGGUGACCGUCCAUGUUCAGGGCCAAGAAGUUCUAUCAGAGGAGACAGUGAACCUGGGGGUGGAACCUGAGUCCCCCAGUGAGCUGCAAGAUCCAGCACAGACCUUGAACCCUGAGAAGUCCCAUGAAGAAACCCUCCAGACCCCAGGUCUGGGGACAGUGGAACAGGAGAGCCGACACCAUGAAGAGGAGCUCCAACCCCUGCAGGAGAGCAGUGGGAAGCCUCAGCAGGAAGAGGUUCCAGUGUCCCAGGACCCACACCUUCCUACAGAAAGAGAGUCUGGACACCCAGAGAUGGUUGCUCUUCUCAGUGCUCUGUCACAGGGACUGGUCACCUUCAAGGAUGUGGCUCUGUGCUUCUCCCAGGACCAGUGGAGUGAUCUGGAUCCAUCACAGAAAGAAUUCUAUGGAGAAUACAUCUUAGAAGAAGAUUGUGGAAUUGUGGUCUCUCUGUCAUUUCCAAUUCCCAGACUAGAUGAUAACUCCCAGGUUAGAGAAGAAGAGCCUCAGGUCCCAGAUGUCCAUGAAUCUGAAGAGCCCGAAGAGCCAGAAAUCCUGAGUUUUACCUAUACAGGAGAUAUGACUGAAGAUGAGGAAGAGUGUGUUGAACAAGAUCUGAAUUUAGAGAAUGCACAAAGGCCUAUUUCAGGAGAACCAGAAAUUCACCAGACUCCAGAUUGGGAAAUAGUCUUUGAAGAUAAUCCAAGUACACUUAAUGAAAGAAGACUUGGUACAAAUAUCUCUCAAGUCAAUAGUUUCACAAAUAUUCAGGAAACUGUGCCUGCCCACCCCAUGAUAGGGAGGCAGCAUCAUUGUACUGUAUGUGCAAAAAGUUUCACAUGUAAUUCCCACCUUAUUAGGCACCUGAGAACUCACACAGGAGAAAAACCCUAUAAAUGUAUGGAAUGUGGUAAAAGUUACACACGGAGCUCACAUCUUGCCAGGCACCAAAAAGUCCAUAAGAUAAAUACUACUUAUAAGCAUCCUGUAAACCGGAAAAAUGUGGAUGCCCCUCUGGUCCAGUCUGAGAGAACUACACGUGUAGAGAAACCCUAUACCUGUGAGGACUGUGGAAAACAUUUCCGCUGGACUUCAGACCUGGUCAGGCAUCAGAGGACACAUACAGGAGAAAAACCUUUCUUUUGUACUGUUUGUGGCAAAAGCUUCAGUCAGAAAUCUGUGUUAACAACACACCAAAGAAUCCACCUUGGAGGCAAGACCAACUUGUGCGGGGACUGUGGAGCAGACUUCAGUGACCACAAGCAGUAUCUGGCACACAGAAAGACACACGUGACUGAGGAGCUCUACUUCUGCAAUGAAUGUGGGCGCUCUUUCAGCCAUAGUGGUGCAUUUGCCAAACAUCUGAAAGGACAUGCCUCAGUGAGGACCUGCAGGUGCAAUGAAUGUGGGAAAACUUUCAGCAGGAGGGAUCACCUUGUCAGACAUCAGCGAACGCACACUGGAGAAAAGCCUUUCACCUGUACCACCUGUGGGAAAAGCUUCAGUAGAGGAUAUCAUUUAAUCAGGCAUCAGAGGAUCCACACAGGAAAGACCUCCUAGCUAGGUCCUACGUGUGGAGAAUUGUGUUCAGCCCUCACCCAGAAUGGAAUGGGAGGGGUUCUGUGGUCAACCUGAGAAGACCUUUUCUAAGGCCUCUCCCUGACCUUCCCAUACCUUAUGUAACCUCUUCCCACCACCAACAAAAGCCCCAUCCAGAACUUCACAACUUUUUUCAACUGAGGCUUCUUCACUGGCAUGCUCCUGCCUCUACCUCAUGGGUGUGAAGUAGGAGGAUUAUAAUUUAUGAGAUUUUGGAUACUAUAUUUUGGAGAAAAAUAAUAACUAGGCUGUUAUAUAUCCUCAAGACAAUAUACCAGCCUCAACUUAAGUGUGGCCAAUAACCACUUAGGUCUCAUAAGGGACCAGCCUAAAGGGAUAUAACCUUACUAGGCCCAAAACUUAAAGCACACAGCUCUAACUCCAGAUAGGAGGUUUGUGUCCUGAUAUAUCUGCCACACAUUCACAGGAUAACAACAAAUCCCUCACUAUCUAACUUCUUCACUGUAUACUUUUCUUUGAUGCUGGAGACAAAGGGGAAAGCAUUAAAGGACAAAAUCCUUAAGGCACAUGGAUCUUGGCAGGCUGUUCCCGUUGUCAGAACUACACCAAGUGCCAUACACACCGCCACAAAAGAGGGCCUAGUUAAAAGCCUCUUAGGGGUUUUUGUCCUCCUAUCUAAAUACGCAUAUCUUUAGCCUUACUACUAUUCACUGUCAGUUUUGUCCCUUACACUUCUCCUACAAGUAAAAUAUAGUACUGGAGUGCUGAAGAAUUUAGAAAAUCAGAAUUAAAUCAUGGAGAAAUCAGUUACAUUCGCACAUAUGUUCAAGCCUACUCCCCUCCCCAUUCAUUGGGUUAUGGAGGAGAAAUGAAGCACUGUCAGCUUAGAAAGGCAUCAUGGCAUUUACAGAAUCAUAAUUUACUUGGUCACCUUAUUUACAUGAAGGAAAUUAGAAAAGACCAAACUUUGGAAGAAUAUGAAAAAGCCGUUGCCACUGGCCAAGAUCAUUAGUGCUAUUCUGACACCUGCCUCAACUAUCCGUGCCUCAGUUCUCUGUUAGGGAUUAUGAACCCUACCAAUAGGGACCCUGAGAAAUCACCAAAAGUAAAUGGAUUUUGUGUCUGUGCUAUUUGAGUUUUUUGUAUGUGAGUUCAUUUUUAUGUACUAAGAACUAAAAGCAUUUCUUUGUGGCCCAAGAGUCUCUUGCCUGUUUGCAGUUCCAUGAGACUGAUUAGCUAUGAACUUCACAUGCUCUGAUCGUCUGGCAAGGAUCAGGGAGAGACACUCCAUCAAUGGAGCACAGGAUGUGGGAGGUAUGGAAUUAAAGCAUGAGAAAGCAGA